GUCUGACCGAUCUCUCCAUUUUGCAAAACAUUUUCCCCAACUGCCAAACGGAGCCUUCCUUCUUCUUCUUCUUCUUCUUCCAUGUAAAGCCUAAAGCCAUCACCAUGGUUCAGUUACCGCCAUUGCCACUCUGCUCUCUCUCAUCUUCCUUCUCUUCUUGAUUCUUCAAUCCUUCUCUCUCUUCCUCACAUCGCAAAAUGUCGUCGUCCUCUUCUUCGUCUUCUUCUUCCUCCUCCUCCUCCUCCUUUCCGCCCCUCUCUUCUCCUCCCUCGCCGUCUCUUCAGAGGAGCAUGAGCAUCCAGAAUUCGGAGGCCGAGCGCCGUCUUCGUGAGGCCGAAGACCGCCUCCGGGAAGCUAUUCACGAGCUUCAGCAUCGCCAGCGCAAAGUUGCGGCUUGUGGAUCUCGUCACCCGAGCCGGGAACAACCCCCGCCCUGUGAUCAUGCCGACUCCUCCUGUGUCGCUAAUGCCAUUGGUAAUCUCUGCCAGACCUUCCUCCUCUCUUAUGGUGUUCGAGUCGGCAUUGGUAUACUUCUCCGGGCUUUCAAGCUCGCGCGGGGACACUCCUAUUCCUCUAUCCUCGAUCUCAAGCAACUUGUCUCAGAGAAAGACUUGAUAGUGAGGGAAGAGGCAUGUCGUAUUGGUUUGCUUUUUGGUGGCUUCACUGGGUCUUAUCAUGCCCUCAGAUGCUUUCUUAGAAAGUGGAGAAAGAAAGAGACACCGUUAAAUGUAAUUUUAGCAGGUUCACUGGCUGGUCUGUCUGUUUUAGCAUUGGACGACUCAAAUCGGAGGCGUACUCUUGCUUUAUAUCUUAUGGCUAGACUUGCUCAGUGUGCCUAUAACUCAGCGAAAUCCAAGAACAAGUUCCACCUCUGGGGAAGUCAUUGGAGACAUGGUGAUUCUCUGCUUUUUGCCAUGGCAUGUGCACAGGUUAUGUAUGCCUUUGUAAUGCGUCCUGAGAGCUUGCCAAAAUCAUACCGGGACUUCAUUCAAAAGACAGGGCCAGUUGCCGAACCUGUUUAUAAGGCUGUAAGAGAUAGUUGUAGAGGCUAUCCUGUGGAUGUUGCUUCACUUUCUUCUUACUUGUCAGAUAAGAAUAAAUCUGGCAAUGUAAAUCUAGAGGAAUUUCCCUCCAUCAUUCCAUGUAGUAUAAUCCACCCAGUCUCAAGUUCAUGCAUGGCUCACACUUCGAAGGCAGCAUCAGCCACAUUCAAGAAGACAUUUCCGCUUUACUUCUCUUUGACAUUUGUGCCAUUUGUUGUUCUGCACCUACAUAAAUUCAUGGAUGCUCCUGGUCGUACCUGUUGGCUUGCUGUCAAAGGUGCAGUUCGCUCAACAAGUUUUUUGUCUGCGUUUGUUGGCAUUUUUCAGGCGGUAAUUUGUUUGCAUAGGAAAGUUGCAAUCAAGGACCACAAACUAGUAUAUUGGCUUGCCGGUGGAAUAUCUGCCCUCUCAGUUCUUUUAGAGAAGAAGGGAAGACGAUCCGAGCUAGCUCUGUAUGUUCUUCCCCGUGCAGUAGAUUCUUGGUGGUAUAUCUUGGUCAACCGCCACCUGCUUCCUAAUAUAAGAAAUGCUGAGGUCUUCCUAUUUUCAAUUUCCAUGGGAGGAAUCAUGUAUUACUUGGAAUACGAGCCAGAUACUAUGGCUCCAUUCCUCCGGGGUCUGAUUCGCCGCUUCCUCGCGAGCAGAAUCAGCAAUUCAGGCACAUCUUCCAGUCGAGAUGUUUCUCACUCGUAUUUAAACACACUUGACGCCAUGAAGAAACCAAAUUUAGAAGAUUCCAGAGAAGUCGAAGCUGCACGGUCCAAGAAAUAUAAUCUUGAAUCAAUACCAGGCUUAUAAUAAACAGAAGCUACAAAAUGCAAGGUGAUGGUACAUGCUUGACUUUUUCUUUUAAUAAAAUUCGAUUGAGUUGGUUGAUUGAAAAAUUAACUAUUUGGCCAACAAUCAAUUUUCUUCGUAUACAAAACAGUGUCAUUUUAUUUUCUAAUAUCUUGACAUAUAUCUAUUGUGCUGGAUGCCUACCAGAACAAUGAGAUUGAAGGAAAGGUUAGGCAGGAAAUUUUAUCCGUUGGAAUUCUUUCCUUUAGUUCUUUGGUCUGGUUCCACUUGAUUUUGGGCUUCUUUGGUUUUUUAAAAAUACCUGAUGUAUCCUUUCAUUUGCUCUAUGAAAGUAUGGCUAUGCUAGGAUGUUGUUGAUACUCAUGUGGUUUUUAAUUCAGUCCUAGAACUUUAACUUGGGAAA